CUCUGGGCUCUCCUGCACCUUUCUCUAUUUCUCUCUCGCAGAGGAAGUCCCCGGUGUCUCCACCGGCCUCCGGCUUUCGAAGCUCAGAAGGGUGUUCUCGUCCUCCGCAGCCGACGGUAAUCGGUGUCCGGAGACCGGCGCCCGGCGGAUGACGAAGGGCGGGGAGAUUGUACGGCUGGGGAAGUACGAGAUCGGGCGGACGCUGGGGGAGGGCAAUUUUGGGAAGGUGAAGCACGCGCGGAGGAUCGACUCCGGCCAGAGCUACGCCGUUAAGAUUCUCGAACGGAAGCGGGUCAUCGACCUCCAGAUUCGCGACCAGAUUAAGAGAGAAAUCGGUACGCUGAAGCUUCUCCGGCAUCCAAACGUUGUCCGCUUAUACGAGGUCUUGGCAAGCAAAACCAAGAUUUACAUGGUCCUUGAAUACGUAACUGGGGGUGAGCUAUUUGACAAAAUUGCAUUGAAGGGGAGACUUCCAGAACGUGAAGGACGAAAGCUUUUCCAGCAGCUAAUUGACGCUGUGAGCUAUUGUCAUGACAAAGGUGUCUUCCACAGGGACUUGAAGCCAGAGAAUGUGCUUCUUGAUGCAGAAGGGAACAUUAAGAUAUCUGAUUUUGGCCUUAGUGCUUUACCUCAACAAUUUGGGAAUGAUGGGUUAUUGCAUACGACCUGUGGCAGUCCCAACUAUGUUGCCCCUGAGGUUCUUGCCAACCGAGGAUAUGAUGGUGCUAAGUCAGACAUAUGGUCUUGCGGCGUCAUCUUAUAUGUUAUUCUUACUGGAUAUCUUCCCUUUGAUGAUAGAAACCUUGCUGUCCUUUAUCAAAAGAUAUUCAAGGGUGAAUUUCAAAUUCCUAAAUGGCUUUCCCCUGGAGCUCGAAACAUGAUAAGAAGGAUACUUGAUCCAAAUCCGCAUACCCGGAUUAAUGUGGCUCAAAUCAAGGAAGAUGGUUGGUUCAAGCAAGAUUAUGUUCCUGCCAUGCCUGAAGAGGAAGAGGAAGAAGAGGAUAAAAGCUCUGAUGAUGAAGCCUUCUCAAUCAAAGAGGUUGCGGAGACCAACGAACAUGGAAAUAUAUACACUCACAUCAAUGCUUUUGAGCUAAUUGGAAUGUCUUCAUCCCUUGAUCUUUCUGGGUUUUUUGAGAAAGAGGAUGUUUCCGAAAGGAAGAUCAGAUUCACCUCAACUUACUCACCGAAGGAUUUGUUUGAGAGGAUUGAGGACAUUGUCACUGGAAUGGGAUUUCAAGUUCACAAAUGCCAUGGCAAGUUGAAAGUUAUGCAACAAUGCAAGGGCUCAAUGACCCCGCAGUCCCUUUCAGCUGCUGCAGAGGUUUUCGAGCUUAGCCCAUCAUUGUAUGUUGUGGAAUUGAGAAAAUCAUAUGGAGAUUCUUCAUUAUAUAGACAGUUGUGUGCAAAGUUAUCGGAUGAUUUGGGGGUUUGUAGCAGCAGCAGCCAACAAUUCUUGACAAAGCAGUCCUUGAUGCCAGAGCUCACUGGAUUUGAAAAGGAAAUGCCCGUUGUUGCAAUGUGAAUGCGUAUGAUUUUGUGUCAAGGUGGAUUUAUGGGGAGAAAAAAAGCUGUAAUCCCCAUGUUAGAUGUGUUUAAAAUUAUGAUAACAUACAUUGUUUGCCCUCAUUAAACUAUUAUCAUUUUGCGGCACUCCAAGCUUCAACCAUUCAACGCAUAAAAAAACCUGGAUGAAUAUCUUCCC